UGCGGGCGGACGGACGGCGGCGGGUUGGCGGCUGCGGGCGGACGGACGGACGUUAAUGUGCAGGCGCGAGUCUUGGGGGUGACGCUUAGGUUAACGCAUGCGCGGUGCAGCUUUGGUGAGGCCGGGGAAUGCACGGAGGGUACUAGAGCAGCAGAUGAAGUGUUGGAGGCAAGAAGGAUUGCAUUAUGGCCAUCUUUGACACACCAAAGGAGGCUUUUAGUGCCUUGCGCCCAAUUUGUGUUAAGAUAACAAAGGAACAGACCGUUAAUAAUGUACGGUGCCUUCAGGCACAGCUGCAGAAUGUUGGAGAUGCGGCAUUACAAGAUCUGCAGGAGUAUAUAUUGUUUCCACUCAGAUUUGCACUGAAGACACCUGGUCCAAAGCAAGAUAGGUUUCUCCAAAGUGUCGUGGAGUGCAUUAAUUUUAUUAUUUCUCGAACAUGUGUGCGGAGUCAGCAGCUUCUCUGUGAGCUCUUUUCUGACCUUUCCCUUUGCCUGUCCUCUCCAAGCAACCAUGGAAAGCUAGCCAGAAUCUCAGAAGAGCUUAAAAUGGCUGCUGUCCAAGGACUUGAUGCCCUACUGCAUUCAGUUUAUGGUGACAUUGUUCUAAGUUUAUAUGAGCCAGACAUGCUUCCUACCCAAGGAUUUGUAAUCUCGGUGCUCUUAACCAUCGCUGAACAUGAAAAAUCAAGACAGCUCCAAAUUCAUGCUCUGAAAUGUUUGUUGACCCUGAUCUUGCAAUGUGAUUGCUCAGAUAUGCACUGUUCUUUUGACAACAGUGACCUGAUUCACGUUGGAGAUUUAUUUGCCUCAUUUUUACCUGGUAUCACCUUAGGAAUGACACGCAUUAUUUCUGGAGAUGUUAAGCAGGGUUACUUAGUAACAACCUAUGCCAUCAGAGUUUGGUACAAGGUGGUGUGUAUCGUCAUGGCCAAUGAACAACUGUCCAACAUUCAACUUGACAAGAAAAUGAAUUGUGUAAAGGAGAGUAAACAUGCUGAACUUGUAAUCUGCAGAAAACCAGAAUGGGUAAAAAGCACUGCAAGCAAACUAGAUGUGCUUUUGCAGAAAAUAUGCAGUUGUGCUGCUGGUAACCCACAUUGGAAAGUACGGUUGGAAUUGGUUGAAUUGAUUCACCAUUUGCUGUCACAGUGUAACAAAUCACUCAAGGAAUCCAUCAGCCAGCUGCUGGAAGUUCUCGUGAGGCUUGUUGGUGAUGAGAGACCAGAGGUGCAAACAAAAUGUACUGAAAUUUUGAGACAUGUCUCUGAGCAGUGUGUGGUGUGGGACAACAAAAAUUUCACUGAUGUGCUGUCAGAGAACCUGCAUGCACUUGCAACAGCCCUUCCAAGACUUAUGAGAACUCACGAUGACCAGAGUAAAUUGACAUCAUUAAACUUGUUACUUGGCUACUUAAAAUUAUUAGGCAGUAAAGUCAAUGCUGUUCUAAAUUCAACUGUUCAUCUUGAGCGUCUUUCAAAAGCACUGAUACAGGUCCUGGAGUUGGAUGUUACGGAUGUGAGGAUUGUAGAAGAAAGGCAAUUGACUUCUGAAGCUGUGAAUCGACAGCAGCUAACACCCUGCUCGUCCAGCUUGGAUUAUUUAAGAACAUGGGACAAGCCUGCUGCACAGAGAAAAUACUUCAAAUAUUUUAACGAAGAACGUGUAUUUACAUUGCUUCAGCAGGUUUGCAGGGUUUUAGGUUAUUAUGGUAGUCUCUAUCUGCUAGUGGAUCACUUUAUGGAACUAUACCAAGAGUCUGUAAUGUACAGGAAACAGGCUGCACUGCUGAUUAAUGAACUAUUGCUGGGAGGUGCUGGAUUAGAUGUGUGUGUUCUGCAUGAAAGAGAAACUCCAGUUAGUACCGAUGAUUUCAAGGCAACCAUCACAUCUAUUGUUGAAGAAUACACAAGCAUGGACAACUGGCAUUUGGUAACAAGUUUAGAAUCAGAGUAUGAAGUUGGCCUUAAUAAAAACCAACCAAAAUUUCAGGUUUUUACUGAAGGAUUCCAGAAUAGUUCCCAAUACUCAAGUUUAACAGUUCAUACUAUGAACAGUAAUAUCUGGCAAAUCUGCAUCCAACUUGAAGGGAUUGGGUAUUUUGCUCGAGUAUUAAAGAAGGAAUUCCGUCCACUUUUAAUGAUGACUCUUUACCCAGUGUUGGAAAAAGUUGGAGCUGAAACUUUGCUUGUUAGUCAAAUGGCCAGAAGUACAUUGAUAGACAUAUGUCAAGCCUGUGGCUAUGAAUCACUUCAGGAAUUGAUAAAUCAAAAUUCGGACUAUUUAGUUAACACCAUUUCACUGAAUUUGAGAAGACUAGCUCAGCACCCUCAUACAGCCCGUGUUAUCAACGUUAUGUUUAGCUAUUCCGAUGCCAGCUUUCUGCCUUUAGUUGAUGAUGUUGUUCAGGAUGUGCUUCUGUCUAUUGAUCAUUACCACAAUGAAAAGGCUCACCUAAUUUUUACUGUCCUCCACUCCCUAUUAACAGCCUUAGCUUGCUGGUUUCCACCCACGGAUCCUGUUCAGAAAAUGGGGAAAUCUGAUAAAGCCUGCAUGCCUGGUACCACGGCAGAAGAGAUCCAGUGCUUCUUCCAAGAAUAUCAGAACUUAAAACAUCUAGCAGAGGGAGAUAUUGAAGGGAUUGAUCUGAACCAAACAGAAUGUGAAAUUUCCAAUCAAGCUGAACCCACUGUGAACUGUGAUCACCCUGAUGUGAAGAAAGAGCUACCAGCUCAUAUCCAAAUGACUAAGGAUGUGAUGGAAAGAUGUAUUCACCUCUUAUCAGACAAAAGCAUUAAAUUGCGACUGAAGGUCUUGGAUGUUUUGGAACUGUGUGUGAUUGUUCUUCAGAAUAAUCUAAAUGAACUACUCCCGAUGAUUCACCGUGCAUGGAGUCCCCUUGUACAGAGAUUGACCAAUGAUAAUUCCCUCGUUGUUCUCAGGGCAUUCAAGGUGCUGUGCACGUUGGCUAAUACAUGUGGUGAUUUCCUGAGGAGCCGAGUUUCUAAAGACAUUUUGCCAAAGGUGACUGGAACUUUAGUAAGUCAAGCCCCGGUCAGUGCCAAGGCUGGGCCCAUUUAUAGCCACACACUCGCCUAUAAACUUCAGUUAACUGUGCUUCAGGGACUUGGAAAACUAUGUGAGAAACUCGAACUUUGUGAAGCUGACCUGGAUAUGGUGGCUAGCGCUUGUUUAUCAUAUCUGAGCAGCAGACAGCCAAUGAAACUUCAGGAAGCAGCCUGCAGUGUUUUUUCCCAUCGAGCUGAAGUUGACCCUGAUGCCACUUGGCUGAUUUUGAAUGAACUUUAUAGUCCCGAUGCUUGCAGUCCCCCACAUGCCAGCCUUCCACCAAUCCAGCUCACUGGAAUGGGAAAACAAAGGAACGAAUUCACAGAUAAUGUGACUCGGCUUCUGAAGAGCUUAUGACACAAGUUGUGGUACCUGUUGAUGUCUAUAUAAAACUAAAACUCCUCUCAUUCAGUGCUUUGCAUGAACAUUCGUCUUGGUGUUGGAAAUGCUUUGAGGGCAGGCACUUUUUUGUUGCGAUACAUAAUUUCAUCUGAUGGACUUAACACCAGCUUCUGUGGCUUGUUUAACAUCCAUGUCACCAGAAAUGUUGAUACACAGACUUCUUGAUCAAUGACUCAUUGAAGGAUUCCACACAUUAAACAAUUGUCACAGUCAUCUUGUUUGUAGGUGUUACUGCAGAGGCUGGACCUGUGAUAGGCCAGAACACAUUUACUUACUGUUUUCUGCCUGUCUUUGUAAAUAAAUCGUGCACUUUAGAGGAUACCAAGGCAGUCACAAAGAAAUUCUGUGAUUAACGUGUCUGUCGGUUGAGAGAUUCGCAAUUGCACUAACCCUGGUUAACUCUUUGUAUUUGCAAUCAAAGUCUUAAAGAAGCUUCAGGUAGAGUUGAGUCACAAAACUACUUCAACUUUAGAAUACUUAUCAAUAUUAUCCAAGGAGCUGUGAAUAAUAACGAUAUUUUUAUUGUAGAAGCUAAUCAAAACUUACUGUCCCUGGAAAAACCUCAAAUAUGUACCUGUUUUUUCACUUCUAAUGUGCAUCUAAGCUGAGGGUUUGAUAUUAAUGGAUUCACGACUGGUUCCCAAAAGCUCCAUUUUAGAGAGUCUGAUGGGAAAUGCAUUACUAAUCAAUGAUAGGUUGUUGAAUUUUGAGCAAUUAAAAGUACAAACUGCCAUUAGUUAAUGCAGCAACUUUACAUCUCGCCUGUUGCAGGUACAGCAAUGUUGGUUGCUCUACUAAUAAGUCUGAACAUCAUAUCUUUAGUAUUGUGCACGUCCUACUGGUUAUCUACAGAAUAGCCUGAAACAGGAACAUAAUAGUAGCUCCCCCUUGUGUAUCAUGUAUAAUUUGCUUUUUUUUGAGAGUUUACCAAUUGUUAAACUGCUCUCUGGUACAGAUAGCAAGAGAGAAUAAGAGUUAAAGAAAGUUCCUCCUGAUUGCUCAAUCCUACUUUCUUGAGAAAAAGAAUGGUGGAGUGGAGAUAGGGAGCUAUGCAUUACCCCUGUCCCUUUUGCAGAACAGCUUGUUUUUUGACAUUGCUUUCCUUUUAACACCACUUUUACCUGUAAGAACUGACUUCCAGCAACUUGAUUUCCAAUUCCAGGCCCUCAGGCCUAGACUUGCCAUCUAUCAUCGCCUGCUUAAAAUAUGACUCUCCCCACCAACGCAAAAUUUUUUUAAUCCUGUUUUGUUAAUUCUAAUACCAAGAGAAGCAGAUGGUGGUAGCUGUAAAGCAGAAUUGUAUGGGCGUCAAAGAUGCAAUAACAAAUUACUUGGUUGCAUUUGUUGUGGUUAGCAGGCCUAGGAUGAGGCAGUUCAUCCUCAUAUUUGUUGGGAAAAAAAACAGGCAUAGCAUUUGCACAAAGUAGUUUAUCUGACUUUAAUAAAGAUCUUUAGUGUAUGAAGCACGUGGCCUUUUCUGUUUAAUAUGUGAGAGUUUAUAUAGGGAAUUGAGUAUAUGGCAUUGGAAGAACCAUUCAGCCCAUUUAGACUAUUUUUAUGUUUAUGGUCCACCUGAGCCUUAUCCCACCUGAUUUCAUCUGAACCCAUUUUGGUAUGCAUAAAUCCCUAAUGUACUUAUCUACGUUCUCCAUAAUGUAACUGCUGUUUGCUUCAAUUACUUAAAGUGGUGGCAAGCUCCACUUUGUAACCAUCCUCUGGACAAAAGUUUCUCCUGAGUAAUUUCAUGGAUUUAUUAGUCAUCAUCAUGUAUCUCUUGGCCGUAGUUUUCCACAAGAGGGUACAUCUCUUUAUCUACUCUAUUAAACAGCUUAAUGAGCCAGAUUCUGCUGCUCCCUAGCUGGUGGUUCUGUAGAGAUCUGUAGGCUAGCUGCAGCAUGUGUGUCAAUUCCUUCCUGAUUUCCGCAACUGCAUUGUGGAAGUCUGGAAUGAACCUGAGGUUAGUUGUUGAUUUGUCUGACCUCCCGUUCUACCACUGGACCUGGUACUGAGUACAGAGGGAGAGCUUGAAUCUGUUGAGCAGCAGCAUACUUUGUAACAGACCCCUUUGCUUUACACUAGCUGUAACUGUAGACCUCAUGCAUUGGAAUUGGAACACAAAUCUGAAAUGAAAUGCUAAGCAGUUCCUUUCCCAUUCAAUUUAAACCUACUUAAAAAUUUUUUAAUUAAUUUCUACUAGUUAAGAUUAAGUGUGUUAUAGCAAGAUUAAUUUUUAAAAUUUGAACUAUAUCUGAGAACCCACGUAUAAGGCUCUGACAGUAGAAGCAGCUGAAAAUCCAUGAAGGUGGUGUGGGUGAAGGGCUGUAGGUUCUGCCGUUUGGUCACUUGUCACAAUUCGACUGACCUUGCACCACAGGACAGAACUAUAGCAGCUUAGUCUGGAGGAUGUUUGACCCUGUGUUACUGUGAAAAGUGUAUCGAUGGGAAUGACAUGGGGCUGAGCACGUGGAACAGGUUGGAUCAAGCAUCAUCUGUCCCGAUAAUUUUGGACCUUCAUUAGGUCAUCUCCCAAUUAUUUUUCCCAUGAAAGGAUCUCCAACAUGUCCCACCUUUCCUGAUAGUUAGGAUCUCUCAGCUCUAAUGUCAUCUUUUAAAUCAUGCUGCUUAACAAAAACCUCAAUUAAUUAUGGUGGAUAGGAAGCCAAAACCUCCGCUUCUGACAGGACAGCAAGCUUCUCACAGAAUAUGUAUGGUCUGUGUUCAAACUGACUGAUCCUUUAACGUUGCAUUCUCUCAACCUUUACGUUUAUUUUGUUUUGAAAAUGAAUGUUUGUAAGUUCAUCCCCAUGCAUGGUGGCAAAUGGAAUAUAACGGAGUGAAUUUUACAGCUCAUUGCUAUGCACUGAUAUGGUUAUAGCAUGUUUAGCACAAUGGUCCAGGAAUAAAUUUUUAGACAGUAAUACACAAACUCAAUCCCAAGGCUCUUCUGCGGAGUCAAAAAGGGAAAGAAAACAUAGUUAUGCUAGUUUAGUAGGUACUUGAGUUCAAAUCCCAUUGCAGCAGUAAGGAUAUUUAAAAUAAUUUUGGAAACAUCAAUAGACAUGAAAGUACUGGAUUUUAACUUACUCUUUUGGUACCUGCUCUCUCUGCCUAUCACAAAUGGUAACUUACAAUUUAUAUAAUUUAAAAAAAAAUUCUAUUAGAUUCUGAACAUGUAUUCAAUGUUAAUGCUUGUAAAUCAUAUUGUUGGCUGCAUAAAAGUAAGUGUUCAUUGAGGGACAGACAAUAAGUAAAAUUAUAUAAUAUUUCUUUUCCAAUUCUGGUUGUAUAAUGAAUUAACACUAUGGUAAAAACAGUAAAAUUUGCAUUCUUUAAUUUCUAGUCAAUGGUUUAUGGGUGGGUGCAGUUCUUGUAAUCAUGAAAGUACACCUAAAAGAAGUGUCAAGGCAGAUCCAACAUCCGAGGCAGCUGGCAAGAGAAACCCUUGUCUCGCAUAUUUACAGCAGUUCCACUCAACUGAUGAAACAUCACCUGGCGGUUUGUUUAUAGUUAAGGAAUACUAAUCUAGUAUAUUAGUGAUAGUACUGCCAAAUGUCAGGUGUUACUGGGCACAGUAAUGUGCCACCACUUUUAUUUAUUAUUUCAGGCAUGUUAGAAAAGGCAAUCUACUCGUGAUUUGAUUAAAAGAGCCCAGCUGGGUAAAAUCUUGUUCCAUUUGUCUGUUUUUCUAUCUGUUUUAUGAAGAAACAGAUUUAGAAAGUAAUUUAUUAGCACUUUAUAAAAACUUAUUGGAACUGUGAUUCUUAACAGGUCUUUCCCUGAAAUACAGUAAAUAAAACAAGUUCUGGCUC